CCCAAUGUCGCAUCCCAGCAUUCAGGUCAUAUGCUGGCUCUAGCAUCUGCUCUUCAAGGCCAUGGUACAGAGAACUCCCCAAGUUGCUCAACUGAUUCAGUCGGAUUGGCGCGACUCAUCCGGGGCCGGGAAGCAAGGGAUGCGUCCCGUGCUCGCCCAUUUGGGAAUAUUGUGAAAGACGUCAUUUCGCCUGAUCGUCUGCUCCUCCAAAUACCCCUUACAAUUGUCGCAAGGUACUACAUGACUGACUAGAAUCAUCAUGGAGCGGACAUGCGCAGGACUCAUCUGCUUCUGUCUCCUCCCAGCAGCCACCGCGAUAGCCAGCUCUUCCGUUUUCUCCCAGUCGCUCAUCUCGCAGCAAGUCUUCGACGGCGAGAACUUCCUCAAAUACGACGGCGUGCGGGGUCCAUAUGUCGACCGGGUAUCUUACGGCGUCAAUCGCGAGCCCCCUGCGCAAUGCUCCGUCGACCAGGUCAUCAUGAUCAAACGCCAUGGGGAACGGUAUCCCGCAUCAGGCGAAGGGCCCUCCAUCGAACAGGCCCUGAACAAAGUCAACAGCACCCUCGUAGGCAGCGACAACUACACCGGGGAUCUCGCCUUUCUCAAGAACUGGACCUAUUUUGUCCCCUCCGACUGCUACGAGGCGGAGACCUGGACGGGUCCGUACGCAGGCUUGACAGAUGCAUAUAAUCAUGGCAAGGAGUAUCGCAGUCGGUACGGACACCUGUGGGAUGGGAAUUCCAUCGUCCCGCUCUUCACGUCCGAUUUCCAGCGAGUCAUCGAGACCGCUCAGAGAUUCGGAGAGGGGUUCUUCGGCAAUGACACCUACUCGACCAAAGCGGCGCUCAAUAUCAUCUCGGAAUCCUCCUCUCAGGGCGCGGAUAGCCUGACGCCCACUUGUCGUAAACAAGACGACAAUGCGCAGAAGAUCUGUGAUGGUCUGCCGUAUCAUCUCCCUCAGCUUGAUGUGGCUGCAGACCGGUUGAAUGCGCAGUACCACGGGCUUAAUGUCAAUUGGACGGACGUUUACAACCUGAUGUUAAUGACUGCAUACGAACUGAACACCCGCCCAACCUCAGACUGGAUCGACGUGUUCACCACCGACGAAUGGGUCAGCUUCGCACAUAUCUGGAACACAAACUUCUACUACUGUUCCGGCCCCGGAAACGAAUACAUGCGCGCCGUCGGCUCCCUCUACGUGAACGCCACCCUAUCCCUCCUCCGCGAGGGCCCGUCAUCCGGGUCUCUCUUCUUCAACUUCGCACACGACAGCAACAUAACCCCCAUAAUCACCGCCCUCGGCAUCGCCACUCCCUCCGAAACCCUCACCACCGACCAAAUCGCCUUCGGCACCCGCUGGAACAUCCAAGACAUCGUUCCCAUGGGCGGGCGUCUCACCAUCGAACGACUGAACUGCACAGACUCUGCACUCGCGCCCGCAGGCACAUUCGUCCGGUUAGUUCUGAAUGAGGCCGUUGUGCCCCUGCAGGGCUGUCAAAACGGACCGGGGUAUUCGUGUCCGCUGGAUAACUAUACUUCGUUUGUGAACGGGUUGCCGAGUUUCGUAGCGGAGUGUGAGGUGCCCAAGUCGGAGCCGCAGUAUUUGGGUUUCUGGUGGAAUUAUACGACCUCGAAUGAGAAGAAUCAUGUGAGGGGGAGUAGGUGUCAUGGGUUGGCUUGA